AUGCCUCCCGAUAGAGGCCGUGCCUCUAAAGCCUGCACUUCCUGCCGGAAACAAAAGACCAGAUGCUAUGAAUCGGGCAUUUCGGGGGCACCUUGUCUCCGAUGUGAGCGACUGGACCAGAGAUGCUCCUUUGUAAAGGAUGUCAUCAGCGAAGAGCCUAUACCCUCGGGGUCGAGUACUGAUGUUCGCCUAGAGCGCCUUGAAAAGACAGUCUCUCACCUUCUGAAUCGGCUGGGAGAAGAUUCAUCACAGCUUGCCCACGAUACUCCCGUGGAAGUCAAUCCAGCCCAGGCAAUAACCCCGGAUUCUGGAAACCCAAUACCGAAGGGCAAUGACUCCGCCGCCGCACCGGUCAUGGUCAUUCGCGAUUUAGCGGCUGAUACCGGUAUCGAGCUGGCUAACACAACACAAACUGUAUCAAUAGACAGGCUCGUUUCAGCAGAUCUUGCUCUCGAGCUGAUAUCCAUAUUCUCAGAGCAUUAUGGACGAUGGGUCCUGUUUGACCCAGACGACGAUGCUCAUUCCUUGCUCAGUCGAGUCAGAAAAUCGCCCCUUCUUUUCUGUGCAUGUUGCCUGAUCGCUGUGCGUCAUACUUCGCAAGACAUCGCCGCCAGCCUCGCUCCAAAGCUUUACGAAAACGCACGUUCUCUAAUUCAGAGUGCGCUUUUGAUAUCACCACAGCCAAUUGAAUUCUUCCAAGCUGUUAUUAUUCUCUGUAUGUGGUCUACUACAGUCGGACAGGUGCCCCUCAGCAUCGACAGCUGGCUGCUGAGUGGAUUUGCUCUGCAGCAUUGUCAGUCUAGCUCGCUGUUCUCUGUUGUCACCAAUCCGUCAUCAGCUGCAUCUGAAAUUGAUAAGUCUGCGCUUAACAUCUGGUUCUUGUGGAACCAUAUCUGUUUGGUCCAUCUUCAUUAUUGCGUCGGUACCAGCCGGAGGUCAAUGCUACAAGAUUGGCAUAUUGCACGGUGCCGUGCCAUUGUUGGUUCGGACCGGGCAACAAACUAUGAGUUGCGGAUGGUGGCAGAAAUUCACCUUUACCGUACCGUUUAUGACCUCUUAGCGAGCCCGAUAGACAUUUCCCAGUCGCUAUCGGGCCUUCAGACUUGGAAGAAAGAGUGGCAGUUUGUUUUGGAACAACCAAGGGCACAAUUCCUGAUGAUGGGGUUCCAUUUCUCGCAUCUACUCCUGUACGACCAGUGUCUGAAGUCAAAGUCAGCCCGAUCUCAGGAACAGAUCGCAUCCGAAAUGAUCUCACACGCUACAGUGAUUAUUAGGCUAGCUAUUGAUACCAUGGACGAGCGAACACGACAUCUGAGCGACCACAUCUACCACAUGAUUACGUUCGCAGCAAUCAUCAUAUGCCGCAUUAUCGGAGCCCCCGAACACCAUCCUGAAAUGAUCCAUGAUGUUAAGGAGUUAGACAGUUUGACAUCAAGUCUGGUGCAAUGGCUUCAAUCAAUCGGCCUUCCCUGUCAUGCAGCGCAUACGUUUGGGACCAUUAUUUCCCAGCUCCAACACAAGGCGCGGCCUCGGGUGGAUGCGACCACUUCGAGUCCCGUGCAGAUGGGUGAUAUGUUACCUGAUGAGUUCACCCGGUAUUACUUCCCAGAGUUUCUCGCUGUUGGAACAACGCCUAACGGAAGUUGGGACUUGGCUCCAAAUUUCUCCUUCUUCCCCCAGGAUUACCCCCUUCCGGAUGGGAUGAAUUGA